GCGCCUCGGCGGCGCUGCCCGGCCCGGCCCUUUCCCGGUCUGUUCCCGAGCCUUUCCCGGCCUUUCCCUCAGCCAUUCCCGGCCCCUUCCCGGCCUGCCCGCCCCGCCAUGCCCCCCAAGAAGCAGCAGCAGCCGGCGGGGGGCAGCAAGAAGGCGGACCAGAAGAAGAAGGAGAAGAUCAUCGAGGACAAAACAUUUGGCCUAAAGAAUAAAAAAGGUGCAAAGCAGCAGAAGUUCAUCAAGGCUGUGACUCACCAGGUGAAGUUUGGUCAGCAAAAUCCACGCCAGGCUGCUCAAACGGAAAGUGAGAAGAAAUUAAAAAAAGAAGACAAGAAAAAGGAGCUGCAAGAAUUAAAUGAGCUCUUCAAGCCUGUGGUUGCUGCACAGAAAAUUAGCAAAGGUGCUGACCCCAAAUCUGUAGUGUGUGCUUUCUUCAAGCAAGGCCAGUGCACUAAAGGGGACAAGUGCAAGUUUUCUCAUGAUUUGUCUCUGGAGAGGAAGUGCGAGAAGCGGAGUGUCUACAUUGACGCCAGAGAUGAAGACCUUGAGAAAGAUACAAUGGACAACUGGGAUGAGAAGAAGCUGGAAGAAGUGGUGAACAAGAAGCAUGGUGAGGCGGAAAAGAAAAAACCCAAAACCCAAAUAGUCUGCAAAUAUUUCCUUGAUGCCAUUGAAAACAACAAAUACGGCUGGUUUUGGGUCUGUCCCGGAGGAGGAGACAACUGCAUGUAUCGCCACGCCCUGCCCCCAGGCUUCGUGUUAAAAAAGGACAAAAAGAAGGAGGAAAAGCAAGAUGAAAUCUCCUUAGAAGACCUAAUAGAAAAAGAGCGUGCUGCCUUAGGACCAAACGUUACCAAAAUUACUCUAGAGUGUUUUAUUGCCUGGAAGAGAAGAAAAAGACAAGAAAAAAUUGAUAAGGCUGAGCAAGACAUGGAGAGGAGGAAAGCAGAUUUUAAAGCUGGCAAAGCAUUGGUGAUUAGUGGACGUGAAGUGUUUGAGUUCCGGCCAGAGCUGGUUGAUGCAGACGAUGAAGAAGCAGAUGACACCCAUUAUGUUCAGGGAGCAGGAGAUGAUGAUGAGAUGGAAGACCCUGUGUGCAUAAAUGAUGUGGAUUUGAACCUGUAUGUCCCCAAGGCCGUGGAGGAGACUGGGAUUACAGUGGCUAGUCCUGAGCGGUUCAGCACCUACACUUUGGUAGAAAAGGAUGAUAAUAAAUUAAGUGAAGCUUCUGGUGGUGAUGUAAACAGCAGCGAGCAAAACGAUUUAGAGGAAGACAAUGAUGGAGAUGGGGAAUUGGAAAAUGGAGUAAUUGAUGCUGUCCCAGUUGAUGAAAAUCUGUUUACUGGAGAGGACUUGGAUGAACUAGAAGAAGAACUAAACACUCUUGAUUUAGAAGAAUGAACUAAAAAGCUCCAGUGAGGAAUUAAAUCUAUGUGACAAAGUGAAAACUGACUACAUUUUUUCUCCUUUUUGAAUAGAAUUCUUAAACAGGAUGUUUAUGGGUAUGCAGCUGAAUAUGAUGGGCACGUGGUAUCCCAGGAAUGUUUUCCUUCGGUCUCAUCUACUCCAGUCUUGACUAUGCUCGCAGUAAAACUUUCAGAGUAGGUCAGAAUUACUCGACAGCUGACUUUGCAGGCAGUGAGAUUAGAACUUUCAACUAAAAGUAAGAAGUGUUAAGUGCUGUGCAAGUGGGCAAUUUGACACCAGGUACAGUAUAAAGAUCCAAGUAUUCAUCCUUCACAGAAAUGGCAUUUUUAUUAGUGAUUGUGUUUAGGCAGGACACUGUAAUGGAGCUGAUGCAGAUGAUGCUUCUUUCCGUGGUGAUUAGCUUUACUUGAUCGGCUGGAUGCUGAAGAUUCUCAACUGAUAGAUCAGACAGUACAAUAUGGUGCCCUCUGUUUAAAAUAUUUCAAACUUUCUCGUCACCUUUUGCCAAUAAAUCUGUAAAUAAAAAAACUAUCAACUUUAAAAGACCCGUGUUGAUUUCUCUCUGCUAAGUUAGGGUGUGGUACCAAGCUGCUGAGGGCCUUUGGAGCGCUGGCAGGAGCAGGAGCUUGUGCAGGGCCGUGUUCCCGAGGGCAGCACUCACUGUCAGGCCUCCACCCCUCGGGAUGGCCUUUCCCAAAGGAUCCAGUCCCUGCCAUGAGGGUUUCCCAGUGGUGGUGAUGUAGGUCGUGUCUCCUUGCCACGCUCCCAGAAACAUCUGCAACAACAUUGUUGUGCUAAAGAUACCACUUGUAUCGACUUCCCUGAAGCUUUGAAAUUACUCCUUAAAGGCCCUUAAGAGUCCAGGCGUUCUUAAAGAGCUUUCCCCAACUGCUUUUGGGUGGGAAUAGCUGCUCCAAUGGUUAUUUCUGACUCUUGUGUCUUGAAUGCUAUUUCUAAAUUAGCUGACUUAGACCUUUUUUCCCCUUUUGGGGAUCUUUGUGGAAUUCGUUUUCUCCUUUAGGAACAAGAAGCAGUACUUGGGAGAAAGAGGCCCACAAGAAACUUGACUUCUAAAAUGUAAGUGCUUAAGGAAAAGCUGCAGUAUCAGGUGGAAAUAUUUAUUUAUGCAGGUUUUUCUCCCGUGGCCAUAAAUAAACAGUGUUGAUUGUUGUGUUACACUGGCCAGCAGUGGGAUUGCUGGCUGUCAGGACACCUGGGAAUGCAAUUCAUUUGAAUGUACGUUGCAUAGUUUUUCAAAGUUGUAUAUUUUAAAUGGGAAUAAAGGUAAUUUAAUCGUUA